CUGAUUACACGGUUUAUACGCCGUAAAAAGUGAUAUGUUUCUUCACACAUGACUUACAUUUCUAUGUUCCUCUUUGACAGUCCGUUAGUUUCUUAGUCAUGUAACAGUCUAAUACAUACAUGAUCUGAAUAUACCGAGUUAUGUAGAAUCAUUUUUAUUAACUUAAGUUGAUAUGUUCAAUAAAAUCUCUAGAGUUAUUCCGACAAAUAGAAAUAAACGUUUAAAUUGGGUGAAGACAUAUAUACAUAUUUUCCUUUGACUUACUGCAUUGUGAAAGCGUUUUUCUGAAAAAUGUUUGCAUAUCAAAUUUUAGCUAAAAUCAUAAUCUAGAUUACAGUCUCUAUAUAUUUGUAUAUUACGAGAGAUCAAUGUCAAAGAUCGUCGUGUUGUAUCUUAGUUAUUUUUCUUCUGGGAAUAGGAAAAUAAGGUUUGAAUAAUUCUACAGAUGCUUAGUUUAAUUGGAAAAUAUUUCGUUGAUAGGCAUUUAUCAGUGUUACAUUUAUGCUUUGUAUAUAGGAUAUGAUAAUUAUUGUUAAACAAACUUCUACGCCAAAAUCCACAGAAAUCUCAUCCAUUCUAAUCCUUUUGACAAUUUUAUUGAACUAAAAUGUUGUGUGUUUAAUUCUAUUAUCACCACCGUCUUAACACUUAUUAUGUAUUUCUAAUUCACUUGUUGAACAUUCUUUUAUUUCCUAUGUUAAUAUGUUAAACGAUGAAAAUAAUAAUUGACUGAUCAUUAAUUAGCACUGUCCGAUCGGAUUUUCAUAUAGUUAUUGAACAGUGAUCGAAUUCACGUGUUGCAAAUAGUCUAAGUCAAUCGAAAUUUCUUAAACUAUAUUGUGAUGCUAGAUAUUUGACAAGAAACUCUUGACUCAUUUACCAUUUUAAUUCAACACUCAUUAAAAAAGCGUGCCUGUAAUCUCUUAGGAACUGAUACUCCAUCUGAGAGUCGAAACAGUGUCACUCAACUUCACAUUCUUAUACGCUACCAUGGGGCUAUUCAGGCUGUGACUAGCCUCCUGUAUGCCCGAGGUAUUUACAACUGAGUUCUAACUAGCAUAAAAAGUAGGUUCGAAAUUUCUUCCUGCCUAAGUCUCAUCAAACUAUAAUGCACGUGAUGUCGAGUCACUUAGACUAAUGAUUACACUACAAUUUGAAAGACCAUAGGUCAAUCAGCAUCACUAAGGUCUAGAAGAAAUUAACACUGGUCACUACUCAAUCAGUUGUAAAUAUCUCAGCUGUACUGGAGGUCAGUCACAGUUACUAUUGAUAAUGAAAAUAUUUUGGCACUAACAGUUUACUUUAUCAGUUAUCUUUUUUCCAAAGUCUUGUUCAUUAAUGCAUAGUGUGCGCAAAUCUGUUAAAUUGUUAUUUACUUUUAUGGCUAUAAAUGUAUAUAUUUUUAUCUAAUACUGUUUGUAAAUAAUCAAUGUACAGUUAUCUAUUUCUUCAUGUUAAUUUUUUAUCUAGUUAGAUAAGGCUCGACCAAAUUUCAUAUCACUUGGAUUUCAUACUAAUUUUAAAUCAUCUACUUAUGAAUUAGGCUUUCAUCCAUGUGAAAUAUUUUAUUCUGCAGUCUUACUACAAUCCAAUAGUCAGUCUAUUAUCAAUCCUAAAACAACUCAUAAAUUCAAUUGUUCUCCAAUAUUAACUUUAAGCGAUUAUAAUAAAUAUUUAACAGAUGAAAAUGUUCGAGGAAAUUAUCCAGCUCUUUGGUUUGAUUCUGUUCGUUCCUUACAUGUAAAUGAGUCUGGUAUAACAGCUUCAGAUUGUAAGUUAUGUUUAUAUAGAAAUGAUUUUUCAGUGUUAAAGCUAUGAAGCGGUAGUUCAGUGAUCAAAACACUAAUUUAAACAACUUAUCAGUAUCAUUAAUUUGUAAAUAAUAUUCCUGUGUUUACUGAUGAUACGAUUUCCAAAGAUUAGGUGUAACAACCAGGUUUUAAUUGAUUGGAGAAUGAAUGACCUAGAAACUAAUUCCUUCUAAUCGCCUAUAAUGUUUUACAUGUUCAUUUUGUGUUCUUGUUCUGUAUAUCAGCAUGUUAUUUUAUCACAUGAAAAACUGUUCAUCUGGCUAGUAGUUUUCCCUUUGAUUUUUAAUUAUUUGGGACCUAAAGUCAAAUAUACUAUUUCCUGAGUAGCCAUCACUUACCUCCUUUGUUUAAUAGGCUUUUCAGAUCUGCGGGAUCUUCCGUGACCGUUUCGUCAACAUAAAAAGUUUAUAUGCAGCUUCUGAUUCUUAUGGGAAUGCGAAUCACAAACUGCAGAAUGGCAAUAUGUUUCACUUUCAUAAUCUCUGAUAGAGCUUUUUAUUGUAGUACAGAUCACGUUAUAGGCUUGACUUUGUGGUCAUUAAUGACUGAGAUAAAUUCCCGAAGGUUUUAUAAGUAGGAAGUUGAGACUUGUAAGUGAGUUCAACCGUAUUUGGAAGGAGAUAGGUUUUAUCGAUGAUAUAGGAUGACUAUCAUGUUAUACUAUGAAUUUACUGAAGUAAGAAAUGUAGGUCACAUAAUUCUUACUUGAAUGGGUGGCACACUCACUACCACUCCUAAAUGCUACGAGUUCGGAUCUUGAUAAGUUUAUGCGUGUAAACUACUGAGAAGUACUGUACUAGAUCGAAAUAACUAUCUUGAACAUCUUAGUUUUUAAUGGUUCUUCAGCUAGUCAGUAAUAAACUGUGCGAAUUCUUUAUAUAUUGGGAUAUUAGUAUCUGAAACAUCAAGUUUUAUUUCCACUUCUUUCAUUGAAUGAUCAUCGUUGAAUAUUUCAUAGAUGUGUUGUAAUAGAUGAAUAUUGUGUGUUAGGUAGAUAGAAUUUUGACUAUUUUAUCCUUUGAUUAAACUCAAAUUGGAGUACGUCGAUUGGUGCAUUUUCAAUUUCUAAUGUAAAUUAUAUAAAUUUCUAUUGCUCCGUAUUUUUAAUUACUAGCUUCACUGGUCUGAAUACGAUUUCACUAUUUCGGUUCGCAUGUUAAGUGUUAAUAUAUCAUUUCAAAUAAUUACAAGUUCUUGAUUUAGUUCUUAAUCUAAAUUUAUUUCUCUAGGGUUAGUGAUGCUAUUCGGUUGACCAAACUGCAGUAUUUAAAUCAUUGUUUAUUGGAUCUACACUAAUGAUUGCUGGUUGAGAUUGUACUUAAUAAAAUUAAAUCGAACAACUUACACCUUAUUAAAACUGUAUUUUCCUUCUAAGUAUAUUUUUUAUCCAAUGGAUUGUAUAUUAUGGGAUGAUUUUCAUCUAAUUUAUCUUAAAUUGUGUUUUUUUUCGUUUUAGAACCGUUGUUAAUUGAAAUCUUUUGAAUUUAGGUGGUACGCUUUGGCAAGAUAAGCAUUAUACGUAGUCUAACCAAUAAAUAAGCAAUCAGGAGCCCAUAAAUUACUCAAUUUGACGAAUUUAGGGUUGCAUCAAACAUAUCUGUUUCAAAAUACUGCAUAUUUAUAACCAUGAUUCUGUCUUGUCUGCUCUUUUUCAAUUCGAAACAUUUGUUGAAGUCCUGAGAAGUCAGUUUCUUCCACUCUGUUGUAAUUUCUCGUUUUAUCAUCUUCGCAUAAUAAUUAUUUCCAUUUGAGAAAGAAGAAGUUCUGGGGCUGUAAAAUUAAUGAGUAGGGAAUUUAAUUUAACUUUUGAAUUGAAUUACAGAUCAGAAACUUCAGGACAGUAGGUGUUGAAUAUUCGCACGGAUUGUUGCAUAUUUACUGGGCAGAUCAUCCACUCAUUAGCAAUUCAUAACUUUCAUCUAUCGUAGCCGAAUAACAACAGGCUACCAAAGUUAGAUUAGCUCAAGGAAAUAGGGAAUUUAACUACAAUGCGAUUAGUCGUUUUUUUAGUUGCUUCUACGAUUAAAAAAACUUUGGUAACUCGGUUUACGCAUGGUUAAUUUAAAACUUUCUUUCUACUUGUAUUCUUAAGGAUUUCUUGAUUGAACACCCGUUUCUUACGAUUUUUUAAUCCAUAUUUCUCACAUUUUGUAUUUAAUUUCUUUCAUUUGUAAAGAUAGUUUCCACGCUAUAGACUCGUGUAUCAUAUAUUGAAAAACUUGUUAUUUAUUGCUUGUGAGUAGUUGAUUGGAAAUGCAGUAUACAUUAAUAAUUAUUGUCUGUCAGGAACUCGUUUUCAUCCUUUCUUCUUCAUAGUUUCAUCUCUUCAUCAAGUGGAUGGAGUACAAAUGUUUAUUCAUAAUCGUUUUCUUAUUGGUUCAUAUUCAGUCGAUGUAUCUCCUAAUUUAAUGCAUCGUUUAGAAGGUUUUAUAAUUGCCUAUAAAAAUUCCAUUCCGUAUCCAUCAUGUUCAAUUUCACAAAAAGAUGAAAUGUUUACAUUGUUAUCAAGUAAUUUAUCGCUUACACGUUUCUCACAACAUAUAUCCACAUGUAAUACACGAUUCGAUGUUAGUAAUGGAAUUAUAUCCGUCCAUACUUCACAUAACUUUCAAAUGAAUCAGAUACUACCCUAUUUACAACUCCAUAUAGAUCAUAUUUCUUUGUACAGUCGUUCACCCAUAUAUCCAUAUGAUAUUGUACAUAUAAUGAAUCGUCAGAAUAUCCCCUCUUAUCUAUUCAAACGUAGUUACGAAUUUAUUCAGUUAGAAUUGAAUAAUCCAUCUAAAUCUGUUGAUGAUUGGUUAAAUGAAUUGCACUUAGGUGUACCGAACACACCAUGUAAAGAAUGGAAUAAACAAUUAAUUGCUUAUUGUUACAAUCGAACUAUUUUAAAAUUAACUGGAAUUUGUAUGAAUCUUAUUGUAAAUCAUGAAAUAAAUCAAUUUUCCGAUAUACACUUAUCCAAAAAUGCUCCUUUUAUCAAUAAUGAUACGGUUAAUGAUAAAUUAUCACUUUUGAAAUUUGCUAGUUUUGAAUGUAUAUUUUGGUCAUUGAAUUAUCCACACUUAUGGAAUUCACCUUCAAUUAGUCAUUCAGAGUACCGAGUGAGGUUGGACAAUGGUAUAGAAAUCAAUAUUUCUUUGCAAACUGUCGGUAUUUUAUCGUUUAUUCUAAGUGAUAUGUUUCAUCAACUGAAUCAUCUUAAAACUUACUGGGAAUCACAAGAUAAAAAUGUUUAUUGGCCUUCUGAACAUCAGUAUUGUUUGCAAAGUGAAUCACAGUCAACUGAUAAAAAAUGUUGGAUAUGGACUACUAAACUAAACGGUGUUGCCAAAUUUCGUAUAUGCUUUACUAAACUAGUUUCUGUUAUGCAAAUUAGUUUAGAAACCAAUGUACUUAUGUAUUUGAAUUGUUCUACUGAACAGCAGAAAAUUUGUCCAAUUAUGGAGAGAAUGGCUGACAAAAACGAUAGUCAUGAAAAUAAAGUGAUGCCACUGUUUUGUUUAGCUGUACAAUUUCCAUAUUCACAUGAUGAGGCAUAUAAUACACCUAUCAAAUGUCAUGUUUAUUUGGCCAAUGUUGAUUACUUAAUCACUGCGGAAUUAUUUGAAUGGUUCGCUUUGUUGAGUUUGCCAGAAAUUAAAAAUCAAUCACAAUAUGGUCACAAUUGUGAAUAUAUAAGCAGUUCAAAUCAGUCAACUGCAAGAAUAGAAGUUUCAAAGUUCACGAAAAAAAACCAAUUAUUAUGCGAUGAAUUAUCGCUAUCAGGCUCUGAUAUCAGCUCGAAAGGACUGAUAAAAGCCAAUAUUGUCCAUUCUUCAUUUUCAACUGAUUUUUCACCUACACAUUCGCUAGUUAUUGGUAAUAAAGCUCAAUGGAAAGAAGUUUGGAAACGUUUGACAUACUGUAAAAACCUUUUGCAUAAUGCUUCAGUUCAGAUCCUUUUCAAACCAGCACGAAUAUUUAGUGUAAUUGGUGAGUGUCCACCAUCGUUUUCCGCAUUUAUAAAAGGUCGAAAAUUAGAAGAACUACUGAUGCUUAAUAAAAUGCCUUACCUACUCUUUGGCUUUCCUCAAUCAUACUUAUCAAAUUACUAUGAUUUAGAUAAAGGUGGUAAUGGUGAGUCCCAAUAUGAUCAAAUUGAUGAUAUUGUUCUCAGCAAUUGUUCAUGGUCAUGCGCAGUAUAUGAUCUACCAAUGUUCUUGCAACCGGAAAAAAUUGGCUCAAGGCAGUCCAUUUUUCACUGGAUGUUUUCAGCUACACAAAUGUAUUUAAUUGUGGAAAAUAGUUUGAUUUUUGCUGGUCGAUUUUCGAUAAAUUUAGAUUUUCAUCAUAACCAAGACUUCGAAUCCAAUAUACUAAAAAGAACAUUAUCAUCAACUAACGCGAUAUGUAAUAGCACUACCCCUUUUGUUAUAAAUCUAAAUACUGAUGUUAAAUGGGAUUAUGAACCCAAUUAUUUAUCUGGAAGAAAUUAUAGAAUUCCAGACUUUCGAAUUUUGAAUCAGACUAUCCAAACAAUCCAAUUUUGCUACAGUGGAUUUCAUGGUAUCAUUUUACCUAAGUUUUCGGAAUUCACAAUAUUUAUGCAUAAAAAUGCCACAAGGUCAGCAACCAUCACUGUCAACCCUACUAUGAAAUCUCCUAAUCUUAGUGAACAUGUUCAAAAUAAACCUAUUCACUUUUAUUCACCAAAUAGUAUUUGUAUUACUGAAGAAUCAUCUGUUAAUAUCCCGACGGUACUUUACAAAACGAACUAUAAUCCACAUAGCAAAAUUAAAGGUAGUCCUUCAACAAUUAGUUUGUUUCAUUUACCAUGUAAUAUCAAAAGUUAUUCGAAUAGAACAAAAAAUGUUGAUAACGAAAAUUUAUCAAUCUGUCAAGAUCAAGAUAAUCCUUUUGAUAUUAUUCUACAGGUUCAGUGUAGUUUACCAUGUACUAAUGGUGAAAUUAUGUUGACAUACUUUGAUCAUGAUGCUAUUUUACAGUGGACAGUGGAAAAUACAAAAUUUAAUAUCAAUUUACAAAAAGAAUGUUGUUGUGUUGAUUUUCAUGUCCGUUAUUUCGAUGCAGUAAUUAAAAAAGCAGAGUCCAAAAUUCCAUUAUUAACAUUACUAGAAAAAGAUAUUCAACCUAUUCAACUACUUCGACCAUAUUUCAAUAAAACACAUGAGGCUGAAAUUGAAUCACAAACUAUAUCAAGUAAUCUUUCUACAGAUGAACAUUACCAGUUUGAUAAAUCUUUAUGGUUUGAAGAGAACAACGUGCCAUUAAUACCUAUCAAUGCCCGAAAACGUCAUCGCUUGAAUUCAAAUACGAACAGAGUAGAAGACAAAUCAAGCAUUGGAGAAAAUUUCAUCAGGAUAGUGUUUACAAGAACGUGUCCUAAGUCCAGUGCAACGUCGGAUUAUUUUUCUAUAUCUCAGUCGGAUUUAUCACUAGUCGAUGAUACUUCACAUAGUGGUAUCGUAUAUCCGGAAGAUCAUUUAUAUGUUGCUGUUCAACCAUUAGAUAUCGUUAUUAUUCCAGAUGUAGUUAGUGAAAUCACUGAUUUUAUCAACUUCAUCUUAAAGUAUGAAGGACAAUGUACUACAUCAUUAUCAUCCUCAUCUUCAGUUUGUACUGAUGGGAUAAAAAACAUAGCUCCUGUGAAACCGUCUCUAACAGUACAUUCACUACCAAUUAUCAGUGUUGAAAUUGAUUCAUUUCGAUUGUUCUAUUUAUUAGGCGGGAUAUCUAAAGAUAAAAAUAUCGCAAAACAUCCAAAUGCUUUAAUGCUAUCUUGUGAUUUUAUCCAAGUAAAGCAAUUAGUGGAAAAUCACAUUGAUAGACCCUGCUUUUCAAAUGAUUUCACUUUGAAUCAAUCAUUUCCAAUAAAACAAUCUAUUAUUGGAAAUGAUAGACAAUUUAUUGUAAUAGCUAACUGUAUAAAUAUUACAGCUGUACCAUUUGAUUGUAUGUGUCAUGAUAAACAAGUAAUGGAUUAUAAUUCAUCUAAUUCUAAUGCUAUUGCUCAAAAUCCUGCUAAAGAUUGGAAUCGUACAGCUACUUAUAGCGAUGUAGAUGAUCCUCCUUAUGGUUGGUCUAUUGUACAUUCGUUUAGUGUUUCUGUUACAUUUGCACCGGCUGUUGUAAAAAAUAGUGAAAAUUGUGAUACAAAUAUUUACGGAGGAUAUUCCAUGGAGUUGUCUCUAAUGAAUAAUUUGUUAGUACUGGCCGACUGUGAACUGAUUAAACAUCUUAUCCAAUUAAUACCUCGUUCUUCGUUUUCGUCUUCUUGUGCAUCAAAUCGUAUUUCUCAGUCAUCAUCACACCAAUCGUCAUGUGUAAAUCUAUUUGAACGAUUGUUUUUUUCAUCAAAUGAUUCUAAUUGCUUACUGUGUACACCCAGUCGUCUAUUCAUAACUGCUCAUCAAAUUGUAUUUCUUAUGUGGACACCUAUUGAAAAUAACCGUUCAUCAGAAUUUAUUAUACAAAUUAAUCAGCCUCAUAUGAUUGUAAAUAUAGCUGGUGGAAAUCCAAAUAUUUACGAUAGAUUUGAGUUUUCAGUAAAUAGUUUUCAAAUGGAUUGUCGAGAAAGUGGACUGAAAUCCUCAUGUACAAUGUGUGAAUCGGUUGUCAUUAAUAAAUUUAUUCGAGGAAAGUGUAAUAGAGAACCUGGUGUUUUUGUUCUUCCAUGUUUAAUUGACAAGAAACUUUCAUCUGAUAAUAAACCAAACAAUACACCAAUAUGUAGUUCAUCAAUAUUUUGGUAUUCAGGUUCCAAUGUGGGGCCUUCACGUGAUGAUAUUAUGAAACCGUGUUUACUAGUUACAUGUGUUCGACCAUCUCGAUUUGAUUUUUUAUCUACAGUCACAGAAUCUUUAUCAUCUCAACAUAAUCGUUUCAAAGUACAAAUUUCGACUGCACAAGAUCAUUUUUUCUGUGUUCGUCCAGAUACAAUUUUGUCUGUUUUGCAUUUUUGCAAAUUCUUCCAUCAGUUAUAUGAAGUGAAUCAUAAGAACGUUACUAGUGAAACAAAUAACUGCAAUAAUACUGUUAUCAAUCAUAAUAUUAUAAUGUCUUGUGGCGAAAGUACUCAAUCCUCUAGUACUUCUUAUAUAAACCAACCAUCAUCACUAAUCACUGUCGCUAGACUUAUUCAUACUUUACACUUUUAUUUCGAAAAAACUAAUGUUGAAAUUAAUUGCAUUAAGAUUAAUUUACAAUUUAAUGAGAGUAUUGGGAAAAUAAUCAAUUCUUCUAGUAUGUUAGAAUUAACACUAAAACAAAUUUCAACAUUGGUUCACUUUAAUCUUAUUCAUUCAGACUUAUUUACAACAACUUAUUGUUGGCAAAAAUUGUCAUCUUUAUCUUUAAUCUAUUAUCAUAAUAAUAAUAAUUUAUUCAAUGGUAAUAAUACAAGUAAUAUAGCUAAUCAUAAAUCUAUUCACCAUUUAAUAUGGCCUAAUACAAGUUAUCAAUUUGGAUUAUCUAUUCAUAUUAAACAUUGUAUUCAUAAAUUCAAUAGAUAUGCUAAUUAUUUAUUUGAUAAAGUUUAUGGACAUUUACAAAUGGAUUCUGGUAUGCACAUUCAUUUACCUGUAUUUGGUUAUAUCAAUGAGUAUAUUAAAAUGAUUAUCAAUAAAAUAAUGUUUACUAUAAAAUCAAUUGAAAUAUGUAAUGGAAAUUGUUGUUUCAAUGAUACAUCUAGUAGUAUAUAUGUUGAAGAUACAAUGAAAUGUAAUAGUUUGUGUAUAGAUUGUUCAAAUAAUGAUCCUAUAAUAUAUUUAGAUGAUUUACGUAAUCAAGAGAAUUUUAUUUUUUAUAAUUAUCCAUCUGUAACAUCAUCAUCUAAUCAAAUGAACAGUAUAGAACAUAAUAAACGUGAAUGCCAUAUUGAAUUAUCCUCUUCUCAUCCAUAUUGGCCAUGGAUAUUAAAUCAAAAUAAUUGGGAACAAACACCUUUAAUAAAUCAUCCAUGGCCAUUACCAAAUGAAGUAAUAAUCUAUAAUGGUUUGUUAAAUAAUAAAAUUAAUAUUGAAGAAAGUAAUGAUUUACAAAAACCACAAUGGUUAAGUAUUACAUGGAUGUAUAGUGAAUUACGUACACCGACUUAUUUGAAAGUACUUCCUGUACCGUUAGAAUUGAUCCCCUCAAAAUUGGAUGAUAAUUAUUUAUCAAAUGGAUUAGAACUUCAGUGUUAUUUACAAUACUGGGACCCAUUUUGCCAUUAUGGUGGAAAUUUCGUGACAUAUAGCGUAUUUGCUCUUAGCGACAGUCAAAUAAAUCAAUAUGUGUUAUCAAAAAAUAAUCAACAAGGUCCUUAUGGACCCAGACCAUCCAGUCCUACUUCCCUUAAAGGAGAAAACAAUCAUGUCUUACAGUCAAAUGGUCUAGUCAUACGUUCAUCAUCUAAUUUAAGCUGUUCCCAUGGUGAUGGAUCGGUGCAUUCAUCAGAGCCACCAACUCAACCAGCAGCAGCUGUUUGGAGAAUUCUUGUUGAUUUACGAGUGCGUACUAGUUCAACUACUUCUAAUCCGUCAGUCAAUGAAAACUAUCCGAUUGCUUUAGCAUGCUUAACCCCUAUGGUUUUAGUUGGUGCUAUUCAAAUUGACACUAUACAUUACCCUAAUAAUCAUAUAAUGGGUUAUGAUUGUUUAUUUAGAUGUCAAGUAUCGAAUCUAACAAUCUCAUUAAUUGAACAUCAAUCUUCAGAACAUCAAAGUGUUGGCGGUUUCGAAUUGAGUCGAUGUAAUCUAAAAGACUUAGAUUUUCUAUAUAAGUCAAAUUUAUCUUCUUUCAAAACUAUACACUAUCCUUUUGAUAAAAAUAUUAAAUUUGAAAUUGGUCAAUUUUCUCUAUUGACAGCUGAUGUAAAUUGGUCUAGAAUGCAACAAACUGUGAUUAAUAACAAUCUAAUUUGUUGUUUAUCUAAACAAAAACUUGAUAUUCUAUGCAAAUCAUUGAAUAUUUUCAUUAGUUCAGAUCGUUUAAUAAGUAUGAUUAUUUUAAAUAAAAGAAUACAACAGUAUAUUAAUGAAUUUGCAAAUAUUCUCUUUCAAACUGAUAAUUUAUUUCAUAAAAAUUCUCAAUCAUCUAUUAGUGAUGAUGCUACAUCAAACAAUAAUUCUACUUUAGGUUGGACGUUAAUAAAUUAUUCUAAUCAGUUUAUAGUUUUAGAUCAAUUACCUUUGGUGAAAUAUCUGUCUGCAAACAAAACAAAUCAAUCUCCUGUAGAAGUUGAUAAUUCUUUCAAUGAAUUAUUUCAUAUAUUUGUUAAACCUAGACAAUCUGUAUAUUGGAGACCGAUUGUUUUUCCUGGACCAAUUACAUCUUCUGGGCAUGCAUUUCGUAUAAAGUUACGAAUUGGAAUUACUUCUAAUAACGGAGAUAAUAAGGUAUUUUUGUGGUCUCAUCCAGUUGAGUUACCCUGGCCUCUUCCACUGCACAAACAGCAUAGUGAUAUUUUAUGUGCUUUAUCCUUGAAAUGGGAGGAAACUUCUCUAUGGACCACUGAAAUUAUUAAUAGUACUUUUCAAUUUCCUGAACUUUAUUUAAUUAUCUGUUCUACUGAACCCAGUGGGUUACCUGGGAAAAUCAUCUUACACUCUAAUGUCGUUGUACGUAACUUGUUACCUGUAUGCUUAACUUGUUCACUAACUACUUCAACCAAUAAUAGCCUGGAUAAAGAACGUUUAGUCACAACUGGGACAGUAAAGAAGGAUUUAUCGGAAGCUUCGAAUCAGGAUAAAACCGUCGAUAAAAAUUCACAAUUCACACAACAAUUAUUUCAAAUUCCAACUGGUCCAGCCAUGGAAUUUAUUUCAACAUCUGCUAACAUUUCACCAGUUUAUAAAAGUACUCUUGGAUGUGAUUUAUGCAUAUACUUCAAAGUAAAUAAUGAUUUCUGUUCUGAUGAUCAAAUACAAGAGAAUAAUACAUUGUGGUCAGAUCCGCUAAAUUUUAAGAUACCAUUACCUGACCAGUUGAACUCACAGACAGAAACAAGUCAUAGAACUCUUAUUCAACUUACCUUGAAUAAUGAAAACAAUAAAUCAACUGGUUCCUCUACAUUUUAUGCUGUCAUUACUGUUGAAUAUUAUACUACAAGUUUUAUUACUCCACCAAUUUGCAUAAUCACUAUAUCACCAUUAUUCGAGAUUUUGAAUUGUAUACCAAUUCCACUAAAAUUGGAGAGUAAAGCGAUUAGCCCUCAGCAAAUAAUCAACACAAACUCAUUAUCAAUUGAAAUUAUUUCACCUGCAUUAUUCAGUCAUGAAAACUGGUCGGCAUGUCAACAUAAUAAAAAUAUACGAGAUUUGUCAAGUUCAUACCUUCAUGUAUUAGCUAAGCCUAUUCGAUUGGCUUAUCAUUAUAAUUUACUUUUAACAGGCACUCUACCAAAUGGCGAAUCAGUAUUCUCACACCCAAUACGAUUAACUGGUCAUGAAAUUUUGAAAAAGUUAGCUACUACUUAUAUAAAUUAUAAUAAUUCCAUAUUGAAACAUAAUAAUAAUAACAAUAAUAAUUCAGAUGAAAUUUUCUUAACAAAAUCUACCCAGUUAAAUAAUUCAUUGCCAAUUAUAUCAACAUUAGGCACUAUACCUAAAUUCUCAUUUGUCAAUAAUUCAAUGAAUGAUUACUUGGAUUAUUUACGUAAUGAUAAUGAAAGAAAAUUAAUUUACUCAAGUUUUUUACAGUACAGUCUGCGAAUUGUUUUACGUUCACAAUUAUUAUUAAUAAAUUGUACAGGAAUUGAUUUAUAUUUGAAAUUUUCAUCUUUGAGCAAUGACUGUUCCUCGUAUACUGACGAUUGUGAAAUACCCCUUCAAGAUAAUAAAUGUUUGGUCUUAUCGAAAACUCAACGUCAUUUUCAAUUAGGUGUUUUAUUUAAUAAUGAAAUAUUUUGGUCUGAAACAAUAGCCAUACAACAAUUGAAUCCAUCGAACGAAUCAGUAGAGGAUAACCGAAAAAAGAAUAUUGAUAAAUAUGUAGAUUUAUUCUUAUGGAACAAUCAACCCAAAUGUUUAUCUUUUUCGAAUUCUUAUAGUACAAUAAGUAUUAAUAUUUUAAUUAAGAAUAGAAUGUUAUGUUUAACAGUUGAAUUGAAAUCAAGCAAUCAAAUGAAUAAUAAUAUUGAUGGUAGUGAUGAAGAUUAUACUUUGACUAGAUCAAAUAAUUUCAUUAUUACAAUUAAACCGAGAUUUUAUAUUCAACACUGGCCUACUGAUUAUAUUCCAGUAAGAUUUAAACCAAUUAUUAUCCCUUUACAACAUGUUAACAAUACCGAAAUAAACAAUUUAUCUAUUGUUCCAAUAUCUGCAUUGAAGUUAAAUGAAGCUAUUGAAAUUUCAAAAGGAAAUAACGAUAAUAUCCCUAUUUUAUGGUGGAAUUUAAGUCAUACUAUUGACCGAUCAUUGUUCAAUACAGAAUUGUUGUAUUGUAUGCAAAUUACACUUGCUUCAGUUGUUCAAUCACAAUGGUCAGAAGUAUUUCCACUUCACAGAGUACCAACUAUUUCGCAUAAUAUAAUUCAUCGAAAUUCAUUCUCUUCUAUGCCAAUAUUUCUUAGUCAAGUAUCGAUUCCAAUAGUUUCGGAAAAUUCAGCAUUCAAUGUAUACCCCAGCCUACUUAUAACUACAAUAGAACACAAAUCUACAGGUCAAAUAAUCAUACAAGUAGAUAAGGAUUCGAUUUUACAAAAUUUAAAUCCAUUUUCAAUACAUAUUUACAAUUGUACUAAUUCAUCUGUAUACUCUGUUGAACUAUUAGAUCAAUUAUUAUCGUCAUCAGCUGAACAUUUAUCCACGACAAAAUUAUUCAAUGAUUCAAUGAGGAACGUCUUGAAGAAUACAUUUUCAAAUUGGUAUCCUUAUAAAAUUUAUGCUAAUUCACAACUAUCAAUUAUCCCACAAUGUUUAUUAGAAUUAUUAUACAUGGAUAAAAUGAAUCGUAAUUGUAACAUUAAUAAUAAUAAUAAUAAUAAUAAUAAUAAUAAUAAUAAUAAUAAUAAUGCAGAAGGGAUAUAUCUACAGAUGAAUGAUGAUAAUGUUAAUCAUGUAAAAUGUCCUAUUCAUAUAAAUCUUAAAGAAUUAUGUUCUUCUAUUCAUAAAACAAAAGGUUUAUGGGAAAAAGAACAAUUAAUCAAUGAUCAUUUAAUGAUUAAAUUAUACUUUUCAACUAAUGAAAAUUCAUUUGGUUUAAUUAUACAGUUAAUUGAUAAUAAUAAUAAUAAUAAUAAUAAUAAUAAUAAUAAUAAUAAUAAUAAUAGUUUUAAUCGAACAACUAUUGACCAAUUCCUAUCACCAACACUAUCAUUGAUCAAUUCAUUAAAGUAUUUAAAUAAAAUUCAUUUAACUAUCAAUCAAUUUUGUAUACAUUUAAUAACAAUCGAAAAUCGAAAAAUCAAUCAAAAAAAUAAAUCAUUAUCUAAUCAUUUAAUAUCAAAAUAUAAAUUUAAUGAAUUGUUACCACCACGAGAUGAAUUUAUACGUUUGACAAUUAUCAGUUUAAGUUUUAUACUGAUAAAGAAUUCAACAUUGAUCAAUAAUAAUAAUAAUAUUCAAUUAAAUAAUCAAUCUUUUAUUAUAAAUAAACAAUUUAUUAUUGAAAUUUGUUUAAAACAUUUACAAUUAGAUAAUUGGUGUCAUAUAUGGACUAAUGAAUAUGAUUUCCCAGUAAUUUUACAAACAAUUCAAUUAAGAAAAUCAAAAACUAUUUGUCGAAUUCUAUUUAAUUCAUCAUCAUUAUUAACAGUUUCUAUGUUAAAUUAUAAAUUAUGUAAUAGUAUAUUGAUAAAUUCUUCUUCAAUCAUUACUUGUUAUUUAUAUCCGCCUAAUUUAGAUGUUUAUCUAGAAGAUUCAUUGAUUUAUGAUAUUCUUGGAAUAUCUAAUAAUUUAAUACAAAUUUUAACGAAAUUCAAUACAUCCAUUAAUAAUAAUAAUAAUUUAAUUAGUUCAUCAUUGAAACCAAUGGAUCAAACUUAUUUCUUAUGUAGACAAUUAACAAUUGAUUCAUUUAAAAUUAAUUUAAGUUUACAUGCAAUGUUACGUUUGUAUUUAUCUUGCCAUUCAGCUCCAUUACAUUUCACUUCAUUUAAACUGAUUAAUACUCAGAAUGGGUAUCUUAAUAAUGUUGAGCAUUAUCAUCAUCAACAAUAUGAUUCAAAUAUUUUAUCUGGUUCAUUAAUUUAUUGGAAUUCAGUGAAAUAUUUAUUAACAAUGCAUUAUAUUACUCAAAUGUUAUUUCGUUCUGGUUGGUUAGUUGGCAGUUUAGAUUUAUUAGGUAAUGUGACUGGUCUGUUGUAUUCUCUGAUUAAUGGUCUUAAUGAUUUAAUACAUUUACGUUCAUCAAAUGAGGAUGAUGAGAAUAAUGAUGGUGAAAAUGUUACAAUGAUUAAUUUGUCUGAUAAAAAUCUAUUUAUAUGUCAACAAAAUAUUGAUUUCUCAUCUACUGUGGCAAUGUCGAUCGGUACUGUUGCAUCUGAUUCGACUACGUUUUCAUUGAAAUAUAAUCGAAAUGUUGGAUUUAUAUAUCGUCUUACUCAAGGGCUUAGUUCACUUACACGUCGAACAACUGGUGGAUUAUUGUUGUCUAUCAGUGGCAUAGCCUCUAGUUUAGCUAGAAACUUGGAUUAUCUUUCUCUUGAUCCUCAUUAUGAACAACACCAAGAUCAUAUUCGACGACAUCAUACACCUAAAGGAUUUAGUGAAGGUAUUCAACAAGGACUGAGCAGUUUAGGUUUGUGUUUACUGAGCGCUAUAGCCGGAGUGGCUGACCAACCAUUACAAGCUAUUUUUAAAACAAUGGACAAUACAAUUGUUUACUCAGAUAGUAUUUUUAAUUCAUCUGUUGACAGUCAAUCAACUCCUAAUUUCUUGUUGUCUACUCUUGGUGGUUUUGGUCGUGGUCUUGUCGGAGUGGUCACUAAACCUGUUGCUGGAGCUGCAGAAUUAAUUGCUCAAACUAGCAAAGGUUUGUUGCAUGGUACAAACAACUCAGCAGAGAUAAUUAUACCAAGUAAAUAUGGAGAACCAUAUAUUUCAUCUGAAAUCGGUUUGCGUUUACAAUAUCAAAAUGUAGACGUUAUGAUACUCCGUUAUUGGGGAUCAGUUGCACUCAGAUAUGUACAGUCAAAUGUUUCAAAUUCUAAUUAUCAUGACAAUGAAGACUUAUCAAUCUGCUCUUGGUUUACUACUGGAAUUUAUAAUCACAAUAAUGAAAAUUACUCUAUAGCACAGUCACAUAUUGUAAAUGAUACACUUCUUUGGAUAUCAGCAUCAUUAGAUCCGAAUAUUGUUUACGCAUCUGUUAUCACAAAUGAAAUUAAUAAUUCUUACUUCUCAUGGUUUGAACAAUUUCCUAAUGAAGUUUUGAGGCAUUUCAUUGACAAUAUCAUCGGAUUCGACUCGAAAUUCGUGGAAAUAAUUGGUACUUCUGUUAAUGAGAAGCUUUCAUUAGUAAAUACUUAUCAUAAUUCCGUCAGUGAUAUGAAUAGUUCACUCAACAAUCGGCCAUUCGAUAUUUCCAUCAAUGAUUCCUGGAAAUGGAUUGAUCAUAUCCAAUUCACUUCAUCAAAUGACAUACACUGUUUAAAAUCAAUUAUUCAAAAGUUCUGGUUGAUAGAUGAAAGAUUGAAAAAAUCGACUCAUCAGAAUAAUACAGAGUUAAAUUCUAGUUCACUUCAAGAACAACAUACUAUUCCUGAUAGUAAUUCUGUUGAUUCAACGUCAGAUAUGAAUUCCGCAGAUCUUUUUUCAUCCGAUCGACAUAAUUCUAGGUGGAAACGUGUUAGAGAAUAUUUGAUAGGUAUGAGUUCAACCGAUCUUAUUCAUGUUUAACUAGGCUUUUUGUACGUCUCUGUUCUCUUGUUGUUUCCAGACAAUAUAAACACUGUGAUUCAAAUUCUCUCGAUGUGAUAAUUUUUUUCUAGCAAAUGUGAUUCUCAGAUCUUAGUAAUAAAUUAUAUUUUUUUUACUAUUUCUGUACAUGUUUUUUCUUCAUAGUUGAACAUUUCUACAUUUUUAAGCUUUGCAUCAGUUUUGUUAAGAGUUGUUAGAUAAUUUACAAACAGUUAUUUAUAUAUUAAAUGUUUUGGGAACGAGAAGUUUAAAUAAAUGGUUUAAACUACAAAUUUACAUAAUUCUUCGAUCAAUUAUGUGUUGCACACAUAUUUCUAUAGAUAUAUCAGAUAUUAA